UUUUCAAGUACCAAACAUUACCAUAGCUAUUCCUCGGGAUUUCUCAGUCCCUUUUCGUUUCAAACAAAUUGUGUAUUUUCCUGAAGGGAAGUUUUCUUUCAAAAUUAUUGGUUCAAUUCCAAUUCAGUACUCAUGAUGACACUGGCAAUACAAAGAACGCACCUAUGUGUAUAAAAAGGAUGUACACACGCAAAGUAGUUAUUCAGCUUACUCAUAAUCCAUCUCACCUAUACGAGGAAUUGAGCUCUGAUUAUUAGAAUCAAGUGAAAGAAAGAAUAUAUUUGGAUUUGUACUAUCGCUAUAUACGAGAUACAUGUAGGUACGUCAUUACUAGUGUGAGCUUUUGAUUAUUAUCCACGAUGGGAACCAUUAUUAGAAUGUCCGAUCAAAGAAGACUCCAGGCCAUCGUCUAUCUUGCUAUUGUUUCAGUAACUGUCGCCGUGCCCCAGAGGUUUAUUGAUUUCCCCGAAGAUGGUAUUUUAGUCCCAGAUACAGCACCUAUAGGGGCUGUGGUUGCUACUAUUAAAGCUACGGACGAUGACGGGGACGAACUAACUAUUUCUUUCCCCUACCAGAAUGCGAGGUCGGUCGUCCAUGUGCAAUGUUGUAGCAUGACUGGCUCGGAAAAUGAAAUAACAACAGCCAAUAUCACACUGAAUAUGAAACUAGACGCAACAGAGAAAACUGAUUAUGGUAACAUUCAAUUUAAAGUCAGUCAGGGAAAUUACGGAAUCAGUAAAACGACGAAAAUCCUUUCUGAAGUUGGUGAACUGCCGAAGUUUGUCGGUGGUAAAGAUCAAUACUCAGCUACUAUUCCAUUAAAUGCUGCAAUUGGGCACAACAUAACCACAGUACAGGCAACCAGCAAGUAUCCUCCAGUCUCUUACAACUUCAAGGAGAGAUCCAGCUUUUUCGAAAUAUCUGAAGAUGGCAUUGUGACACUGAAUAAUGAAUUGACCAACAUUACUGUAGGAGAUGUCGAGCUGUUAACAAUAAUGGCCAAGGAUAGAUAUGGGGCAUAUGUUGAGGGAAGCCUAAGUAUAUAUGUUGAGGAAGAAGCCGUCGAGGACAAGACAACGGAUAAUUCUUCAGGAUGGACAUUCAAGUCGUUAAGCUUUCACAUGAUAUGCCAGUUGAUGAUAUCAACUCUAGUCUCUAAAUUAACAUUACUUUUUUGCUUUAGACCAAGUUGAUAAAAGUAUUUUUUCAUUUAUUAACAUUUUGGCAUGAGGCCUAAUGUGCAUUGUCAAAUGACCUAUAUGUACUCCUUUUCAUUAAAGAAGUAUUGACUCAUUCUGUUGCUUGUCAAUCAGGAGGUAUAUGUCAUAUUUCAAUCUCCAUGCAAUGUAUAUAACAAGUGCUUUGAGCCUUCUGCAUGUACAGCUUGGAUUAUGGAAAUCAAAGGUAUCAUUUUAUUUUCAAUGAUAUUUAGAUAUCUACAGCACAAUGUAUCAAUGAUACAUUUUUUAAUAAUUCAAUUUUUAACAUGUAGCCCAAUACAAUAUUGAGAGAAUAUUAUUUGUGUUCCAAGACUACUUGUAUUAGACAUGUACCAGUAUUUAUUUACUUGUAUCUAGAACAACAUUAUUCUGUAAAGAAAAUAAUAAAAUGUUUAUAAGCAGUUCCAUAUGUAUAAUUUUGCUAGUAUAUUAAUAAGCACCACCCUUCAAAGGUAUGGCAACCUUACAGAGUAACCCCAACUUAAAAAUUUGAAUAAAUUCAUGUUAAAAGUUGUAUUUGCAUACAAACAUACGUAUUACUCAAAAUAUGUACAUUGACAACAUUUCUGAUAUUUUAUUCAAUUUCAAUGCGUCAGAAUUUCAUGAAGUCAAACUUCAAAACCCCUGACUAUCUACUCUAACUAUCAGUUGAUUUACAAUUUACAUUUGAUUUACUAAUGUCUUAAUUAUUGCAUGUAUAUCAAUUUAAAAAAUAACAAUAUUCAUUCAUGCUGUAAAAUGUAUGUAAUGUUUUUGAUUUUGCUACCUUUAUUUUGACUAACUGCCUGAUAGUUUUAUUUAGAAGCAAACAAUGUAUAGGUCUUCAAUAUCUUUCAAGCAAAAAUAAUGGUUUCUUUUUGGAGGCAAUAUUUUUGCAUGGGCUUUCAACAAGAAUUAAUUUGAAAGCCCAUGGUUUUUGAGAGUAUGUAUUUCUAAUGCAUGGUUAUGU